CCAGAUUGUCGGCGUUUGCUUUUCCGCACGGUGCUGAAGCGGAUCGUCUGCGGGAUCAGGAAGGGACGAUCGCCUCCUUGAUCGGGGAGCCGGGGGUCGGGAUCACUAUUUACGGGCUGAAGAUAUCACUUUCCCAUCGACCUGCGCUGAGAGAUUUAUUGGAAGAAAAACCCCAACUGGAAGCAAACCACGACUGAAGACGAGGGAACAGCAACAAGUAAACCAGCCCGAGGAUUGAGAGCUUCAACUGGAGAGAACCCAUCUGACUUGGAGAAAACAGUGUCUCAGUCAGGAGAAAGUUUGGUUAAAAAUGACAAGGAAUUUGUCUACAGGAAUCUCGAACACAACACGACAGUUUUGCUGUCUCUGUACAGAUAUUUAAGAAGUGGAGCAAGGGAUUCACUCGAUCAUCCUUCCUGCUCCGACUGUGGGGAGGGAUUCACUUGGUCAUCUCAACUGAAGGUACAUCAGCAAGUUUACACUGGGACAAGGUCAUUCAACUGUUCUGUGUGUGAGAAGGGAUUCAGUCGGUCUUCCCACCUGUGGACACACCAGUUAGUUGGGCAAAUUGCUAGUCAUCUGCUGAAUUUGUAGGGAAGGAUUCACUCGUUCAUCUGACCUAAUGGCUCACCAGCGAGUUCACACUGGAGACUGGCUGUUCACCUGCCUGGACUGUGGGAAGGGAUUCGCUGAAUCAUAUAAGCUACGGAUACACCGGUCGGUUCACACUGGCGAGAGGGCGUUCACGUGCUCAGACUGCAGGAAGGGAUUCACUUGCUCAUCCCAACUGAAGGUGCAUCAGCGAGUUCACACUGGGGAGAGGCCAUUCACCUGCUCAGUCUGUGGGAAGGGAUUUACUCUGUCAUCUCGGUUACUGAGACACCAGUCAGAUCACACCUGGGAGUGGCCAUUCACCUGCUCAGACUGUGGGAAGAGAUUCACUCUGUCAUCUGCACUGAAGGUACAUCAGCGAGUUCACACUGGAGAGAGGCCAUUCACCUGCUCAGACUGUGGGAAGGGAUUCACUCGAUCAUUCCAACUGAAGGUACAUCAGCGAGUUCACAGUGGAGAGAGGCCGUUCACCUGCUCAGACUGUGGGAAGGGAUUCACUUCGUCAUCUAAUCUGAAGGUACAUCAGCGAGUUCACACUGGAGAGAAGCCGUUCACCUGCUCAGACUGUGGGAAGGGAUUCACUUGCUCAUCUCAACUGAAGGUACAUCAGCGAGUUCACACUGGAGAGAAGCCGUUCAUCUGCUCAGACUGUGGGAAGGGUUUCACUUGCUCAUCUCAACUGAACAUACAUCAGCGAGUUCACACUGGAGAGAGGCCGUUCACCUGCUCAGACUGUGGGAAGGGAUUCACUCGUUCAUCUCAACUGAAGGUACAUCAGCGAGUUCACACUGGAGAGAAGCCGUUCACCUGCUCAGACUGUGGGAAGGGAUUCACUUGCUCAUCUCAACUGAAGGUACAUCAGCGAGUUCACACUGGAGAGAAGCCGUUCAUCUGCUCAGACUGUGGGAAGGGUUUCACUUGCUCAUCUCAACUGAACAUACAUCAGCGAGUUCACACUGGAGAGAGGCCGUUCACCUGCUCAGACUGUGGGAAGGGAUUCACUCGUUCAUCUCAACUGAAGGUACAUCAGCGAGUUCACACUGGAGAGAAGCCAUUCACCUGCUCAGACUGUGGGAAGGGUUUCAAUUGCUCAUCUCAACUGAACAUACAUCAGCGAGUUCACACUGGAGAGAGGCCGUUCACCUGCUCAGACUGUGGGAAGGGAUUCACUCGUUCAUCUCAACUGAAGGUACAUCAGCGAGUUCACACUGGAGAGAAGCCAUUCACCUGCUCAGACUGUGGGAAGGGUUUCAAUUGCUCAUCUCAACUGAACAUACAUCAGCGAGUUCACACUGGAGAGAGGCUGUUCACCUGCUCAGACUGUGGGAAGGGAUUCACUCGUUCAUCUCAACUGAAGGUCCAUCAGCGAGUUCACACUGGAGAGAGGCCAUUCACCUGCUCAGUCUGUGGGAAGGGAUUCACUCGUUCAUCUCAACUGAACAUACAUCAGCGAGUUCACACUGGAGAGAGGCCAUUCACCUGCUCAGACUGUGGGAAGGGAUUCAAUUCGUCAUUUCAUCUGAAGGUACAUCAGCGAGUUCACACUGGAGAGAGGCCAUUCAUCUGUUCAGACUGUGGGAAGGGAUUCAUUCAGUCAUCUGAACUGAAGGGACAUCAGCGAGUUCACACUGGAGAGAGGCCGUUCACCUGCUCAGACUGUGGGAAGGGAUUCACUCGUUCAUCUCAACUGAAGGUACACCAGCGAGUUCACACUGGAGAUUGGCCAUUCACCUGCUCAGACUGUGGGAAGGGAUUCACUUUGUCCUCUCAACUACUGAGUCACCAGCGAGUUCACACUGGAGAGAGGCCAUUCAUCUGUUCAGACUGUGGGAAGGGAUUCAUUCAGUCAUCUGAACUGAAGGUACAUCAGCGAGUUCACACUGGAGAGAGGCCGUUCACCUGCUCAGACUGUGGGAAGGGAUUCACUCGUUCAUCUCAACUGAAGGUACACCAGCGAGUUCACACUGGAGAGAGGCCAUUCACCUGCUCAGACUGUGGGAAGGGAUUCACUUUGUCCUCUCAACUACUGAGUCACCAGCAAGUUCACACUGGAGAGAGGCCGUUCACCUGCUCAGUGUGUGGGAAGGGAUUCAGUUGGUUGUCUCAUCUUCAGAGACACCAGCGUGUUCACACAGGGGAGAGGUCGUUCACCUGCUCAGAGUGUGGGAAGAGAUUCAUUCGGUCAUCCAACCUGCAGAGACACCAGCGAGUUCACACUGGGUAGAGGCCGAUCACCUGCUCAGACUUUGGGAAGAGAUUCUCUCAGCCAUUGCCACCAAAUGUCCAUCAUUGAGUUCACACUGGGGAGAGGCCAUUCACCUGCUGUGAAUGUGUGAAGCGAUUCACUCAGUCAUCUAACCAUAUGUAACUCUCGCUUCAGCUAGCAGCUUAAUAUAGGGGGUGAUAGCCCCCAGCCCGGCCAAACUUAAGAAAUCUCAUUUGGGUGGAUGCUACGCGAUGUGUCCCCUGUUACAAAUCAGUACCCCGAAAUAACGAACGGUACAUAAUAUGCGAUUAAACGAUUGGGCUUUGUAGUUCUUACUUUGACUAUAGGGUUAGUAAAGAAAAAAUAAAGGAAAAGGGCCCAGUCUCUCCAUUCAUGUCUUCUCAUCUCUCCCCAGCAAAAGACUGCAAAAAUCUCUCUUCCAGACUCACAAGAAAGAAAAACAUUUCUCUCAUUGGAUAGCCCUGCACUUCAAAACCCUGUUGUCUCUAGUCGUAACGUAAACAUUGCUGCUACAGAGAAACCGUUACCUCAGUAGUGAUACAUUACAGAGAGGCCAUUACAUUAACACUGAAACCUCACAGCAUGUUACAGUUGUGACACACUACCGGGUUCAAAAUAGACAAUAGGUGCAGGAGUAGGCCAUUCGGCCCUUCGAGCCAGCACUGCCAUUCACUGUGAUCAUGGCUGAUCAUUCACAAUCAGUACCCCGUUCCUGCCUUAUCCCCAUAACCUUUGCCUCCGCUAUCUUUAAGAGCUCUAUCCAUCUCUUUCUUGAAAACAUCCAGAGACUUGGCCUCCACAGCCUUCUGGUGCAGUGCAUUCCCUAUAUCCACCACUCUCUGGGUGAAAAAGUUUUUCCUCAACUCCAUUCUAAAUGGCCUACCCCUUAUUCUUAAACUGUGGCCUCUGGUUCUGGACUCCCCCAACAUCAGUGGAAACAUGCUUCCUGCCUCCUGCAUGUCCAAUCCCUUAGUAAUCAUAUAUGUUUCAAUAAGAUCCCCUCUCAGCCUUCUAAAUUCCAGUGUAUACAAGCUCAGUCGCUCCAAUCUUUCGACAUAUGACAGUCCCGCCAUCCCGGGAAUUAACCUUGUGAACUUGCGCUGCACUCCUUCAAUAGCAAGAAUGUCCUUCCUCAUAUUUGGAGACAAAAAUUGCACACAGUACUCCAGGUGUGAUCUCACCAGGGCCCUGUACAGCAGCAGAAGGACCUCUUUGCUCUUAUACUCAAUUCCCCUUGUUAUGAAGGCCAGCAUGCCAUUAGCUUUCUUCACUGCCUGCUGUACCUGCAUGCUUGCUUUCAGUGACUGAUGUACAAGAACACCUGGAUCUUGUUGUACUUCCCCUUUUCUUAAAUUGAUUCCAUUUAGAUAAUAAUCUGCCUUCCUGUUCUUACCACCAAAGUGGAUAACCUCACAGUUAUCCAUAUUAAACUGCAUCUGCCCACUCACCCAGCCUGUCCAAGUCACCCUGCAUUCUCAUAACAUCUUCCUCACAUUUCACACUGCCACCCAGCUUUGUGUCAUCGGCAAAUUUGCUAAUGUUACUUUUAAUUCCCUCUCCUAAAUCAUUAAUAUAUAUUGUAAACAGCUGUGGUCCCAGCUCUGAAAGCUGUUGGACCCCACUGGUCACUGCCUGCCAUUCCGAAAGGGACCCGUUAAUCACUACUCUUUGUUUUCUGUCAGCCAGCCAACUUUCAAUCCAUGUCAGUACUCUGCCCCCAAUACCAUGUGCCCUAAUUUUGCCCACUAAUCUCCUAUGUGGGACUUCAUCAAAGGCUUUCUGAAGGUCCAGGUACACUAUAUCCACUGGCUCUCCCUCGUCCAUUUUCAUACUUACAUCCUCAAAAUAUUCCAGAAGAUUAGUCAAGCACGAUUUCUGCACUGGGGAGAAAGUUUCAACGAGCUGCAUGCUGGAUAUUUGUCCAUCAUUGUUGCCGAAUGCAAUUUCAAUAGUGACUGUUGGUGCUGAACUCUGCAAUUAUUGCUGUUGCUCACCACACCCAGUUCUGCACCCUGGUGACUGAACAUGGGAGGAGUUUCUUCUGCUGCAUAUUCACCUUUAAUGGGACUGGAGUUUUAUAUGGACUGGAGUGGAGAGCGGCCAGUGAAGGAGUGGAGUUUUGAGGCUUUGGCUCGAGAGGUUCUGGCAGUUUUGGCAGCUGGAUUGUGCAAUCAUGUCAAUCAAGAUUUCGAUAGCUCGACUCAGCAGAAAGCAGCUGAUUGGUCAGUCGAGGUCAGGUGUCCAAGCAGUUUGAUUGGGCAAUUGAAAAUUGAAAAACUCAACAAACAAAUAAAAAGAGGGGCAGCUCAAGCGGAGCGGCCAGUGAGUGAGUGGGCCAGUGAAGGAGUGGAGCUUUGAGGCUUUGGCUCAAGAGAUUUCAGCGAGCAGAGGCAGAGGAUGAGCUUGCUCCCAGUAAGGUAAGGCCGGGUAAGUUUAUUUAAUUAAUUAACUUAGGAGUUAGUAAUGGAGGCAGUAGAUAGGGCAGUCCAGUGCUCCGAUUGUAGGAUGUGGGAAGUCAGGGACAGCACAAUUGUCUCCGAUGUCUACACCUGGAAGAGGUGUAUCCAGCUGCUGCUCCUGUCAAAUCGGAUCAUUCGGCGGGCAGAGGCAGUAAUAGAUCAGAGUUUCAGGGAGACAGUCACCCCUAAAAGCCAGGAGACAGGUCAGGUGACUGUCAGGAGAGGGAAGGGGAAUAGACAGAAAGAGCAGAGCACCCCUGUGGCCGUUCCCAUCAACAAUAAGUAUACUGUUUUGGAUAUUGUUGGUGGGGACGACCUACCAGGGACAAGUUGUAGUGGUUGAGUGUCUGGCACCAAGACUGGACCCUCAGCUCAGAAAGGAAGGAGGGAAAAGAGGAGAGCAGUAGUGAUAGGGGAUUCGAUAGUUAAGGGGACAGUUAAGAGGUUCUGUGGGAAAGAUCGAGAAUCCCGGAUGGUCUGUUGCCUCCCUGGUGCCAGGGUCCACGAUAUCUCGGAUGGAGUUCUCGGUAUUCUCAGGAGAGAGGGUGAGCAGCCAGAUGUCGUGGUCCAUGUGGGGACCAAUAACAUAGAUAGGAGUAGGGAUGAGACCCUGAAGAAGGAAUAUGGGGAGUUCGGGAAAAAAGUUAAAAAGCAGGACCUCAAGGGUGGUAAUCUCAGGAUUGCUGCCUGUGCCACGAGACAGAGAGGGUAGGAACAGGAAGUCAUGGCAGUUGAAUGUGUGGCUGAAGAGUUGGUGCAGGGGGCAGGGGUUCAGAUUUCUGGAUCAUUGGGAUCUCUUCUGGGGAAGGUCUGACCUGUACAACAAGGACGGGCUGCACCUGAACUGGAAAGGCAACUCGUCAAGCGGAAGAAGGAAGCAUAUGUUAGAUAUAAGAAGCAGUCAGAGCCCUGUUGGUCUCUUUUCGAUUGCUCCUACACUGUUUACUUAAUUGUCUCCUACCAGUCUUUUUUUUUGAAACAUUAUUAUAAUACUUCAAUACUGCUUUACUGUGGCUGGGAAAAGAACCAAAGCGUUUGCAAAAGAAAGAGUCUUUGGAUUCAAUCAGUGACUUCCUUAAACGGCAAAAGUAGGAAUUCUCUGAGGAGUUUCAACGGAUCAACGGCAAAUUGGAUACAAUUCAACAAACUUUAUUUCAGCAUGAGAACCAAAUUCAGGAGAAUACUGCGAGGCUAAUGACACUUGAAGAGGACGUUGAAGAUACAAUUAAACUCUGCAAGGAGUGAUCUUUAUCCAAUGAUAAAAUGCUGAGAAGGAUCAUCAGUCUCGAAAAUUGAAAUAGGAGAAGUAACUUGCGAAUCCUGGGUCUUGAAGAAUCAAUUGAAGGCGCUGACCCUACGAAGGUUUUUGCAAACUUUCUGAGGCAGCUUUUCCCUGCUAUAUUCACUUCGGAGCCGACUUAGAAGUCAUUGUCCUUGGCAGCGAAACCCAGGUCAGUCGGACUAGCCUUUCAUGAAUUUCGUAUUAAGGACCUUUUGAUUCGCCAUACCCGGAGACAAGGAAUGAUCAAUUUCCAAAAUUACAAGGUUAGAUUUGUGGAAGACUAUUCGCCUGAAGUUUUGGCUGAUUGCAUGAAAUACAAAGAAGUUAUGUCGGAAUUUUAUAAUAAAGGAUAUAAACCAUCCCUUCAGUUCCCCGCACGUCUGAGUAUGGUUUUGAAGAACGGAUUGCGAAAAAGAAUAAAUUCAGUUGAAGAUGCAAAAGAGUUUCUGAAGGAUGAAGUCUAAAACUGCUAUACUUCUUAUUUGAUCAAGUUUUUUUCUUCUGUUAAUACGAAUUUGAAAUAAGGUUUCAUUAAGCUUACGUUUUGACUGUUCAUAUAUUGUCUUUUGUUUUUUUUUGAUACUACAUUAUUUUAUCCCGUUUUGAGGCUUUAUUUUAAUACAGCUUUCUUUGAAUUUGUUUAAAGUGAUCCUUUCAUAUUUUCGAAUACUGAGUUAUUUUGCUUUUUAUGUUUUGUCUUGGUAGGGACAUAAUGACAUCGCAGGACUGGAGUCCUUUCUGUCAACAGGAUUUUUUGGGGCUGGCACUUAGUUCUCAGCUCGCUGACUGUCUAUUGGUCAGCUUUCUCGCUUUGGGUAGGGGAGGGGGUAGGGCCUAUUUCUCUCUGGGAGCUGUGUUGGGUUGAAUAUAUGAUUGUUUGAAUACCUUACUUUACGGUUUGCUUUCUAGUUUUAAUAACUUAUGGCCAGAUCUUUUAAUUACAUGUUGAUUGGUAUUUAAAGUGGUUCGAAAUAUUAACCUGUUUAGUUUGAAUGUGAAAGGGCUGAAUCACCCCACCAAAAGGAACAAAGUGUUUGCUUAUAUUAAAAAAAUAAAAGCACCCAUUUUUUUUUUAACAAGAAACGCACAUACGCAGCUGUGAUACCUUACGAUUUUUUUACUGGGUGGAAGGGUAUGCAAUUCCACUCUUCGUUUAACGCAAAAUCACGCGGAGUUUCGAUUUUUGUAGAUAAUAGUUUCCUUUAUUCAGCAUAAAGUUGUUUCGGACUCUAAUGGUCGAUUUGUUACUGUAUCAGGGAGUUUAGACAGUAAGUUGAUUGUUUUUGCGAAUGUAUAUGCCCCCAACGUAGAUGAUUCAGGAUUUUUUGAACGUCUGUUUUCCUUUUUGCCAAAUCUGUGUACUUACUCCCUUGUGAUGGGAGGAGAUUUUAACUGCUGAUUAGAUCCAGUAUUAGAUCACUCAUCUGUUAAACCCUCCACACUUAAUAAAUCAGCUUUGUUUAUCCAUUUUUUUUCAACUAAAUGUGGUAUAGUUGAUGCUUGGCGUUUUCUGCAUCUGACGGACAGGAAGUAUUCAUUUUUCUCUCAUGUCUAUCGUUCUUAUACCAGGAUUGACUAUUUUUUUAAUUGAUAUUCAAAUGAUUCCAUUAGUUCGAUUGAUUGAAUAUAAAGAGAUUGCUCUCUCUGCCCACUCUCCUGUAAUUCUAUCUUCAAAUCUUUCUGGUCCUAUCACCAUGAGUAGAUUUUGGUGAUUUACUUUAACUCUGUUAUCCGAUGAGUAUUUUUAAAAAUUUAUGGAGAAUCAAAUUACUCUUUUUUUGGAAGAAAAUACGUUGGAAGAGACGUCUAGCCUUAUUAUAUGGGAUACUUUUAUAGCAUACAUCCGGGGUCAAAUUUUCUUAUACUGCAAACAUCAUUAAAAAAGCUAACAAAGAAAGAAAUGAAUUAGCCAAUCAAUUAAAGCAACUGGACUUCAGUACCUGAUCCUGAAACGUAUGAGACGUGUUGAAACUAAAACUAAAUAUGAUCUUCUUUUAACGUAUCCAAUUGAAAGCCAACUUUUAAAAGAUAGAAGUCAACUUUAUAUUCACGGAGGUAAAACUGGUAAGCUGCUGGCUAAUCAAUUGAAGCCAUUUUCAGCGAAUUAGCAAAUUAAAGAAAUAAGUAAAAUUAAUGGGGACAUGACGACUGACCACCUUGAAAUUAAUGACACUGUUAGGGAAUUUAAUUCUAAAUUGUACAGUUCUG